AGAAGUUUUUCUUCUCAUCAAUGGAAUUUCUGUGCAUACCCACUUGGACUGGAUGAGUCUCAACGUAAAAGGACUUAUUCUGCAUUGAGGUAACCGAUUCUGUUCAGCUCAAAUUGACGAAAGAAACAUUUCUGUCUAAAAAUGACAUUCUCGUCAGAUUCUGUGAUUGGAUAAUCCAUAUUUAUAAGAAAUUAUUCAUUCUGCAUGAAUUGAGCUAACGCUUUUUAACCUUAUUCAUUACAAAGGACCUCAAAAUCGGAAGUUCAUUGUCAGCAAAAUGCAAAACAAAUCGGGAAAAAACUUGCCACACAUCCUGGAGUCCAGCGCUUGUACCAAAGACAUCAGUGAGAAAAGUCCUUUGAUUUUUAAUGGAUCCAAACAAACGACAUGGUCAGGAUUUGUACUGAGGAAUAUUGUUAUGAUAUUAUUUGCUAUAAGUUUUAGUACGUUUAUGUUGUGUAAACCGCAGUUCCUAUACAAACGAAUCAGCGAUAAUUUAUCUAAAGAUACCCUCAACAAAUCUGCAGUAACGUGUGGACAGAUUAAUGGAUCUCUUGCCGAAGACAAAAGUCAGACAGAGGCGACCAACCUUAACUGGCAUUUUUCUAUGGUGCAGUUGUCAAUAUCGGUUCCUGUAAUAGUAAUAUUGGGCAUAUAUUCCGACGUUAUUGGACGCAAAUACUGUCUUUUUAUAUCAUUAAUUGCUAACGGUUUUCUCUAUGGAUGGACCGCUUUAGUAGCCGCAUUGGAUUUGCCGUUAUCAUACUUGUAUAUAGGAUAUGCAGUUUCCGGUCUUGGAGGCGCUCAUUUCAACUUCUUUGCCAAUAUGACAGCGGCCGUGGCAGAUUCCACUGGGGCGAGUAAAUCACGAUCGUUGGCAUUCGCUAUCCUUUAUCUCUCAGCUGGUAUAGGAUUGUCCUCUUCAGAAUUCGUAGAGGGUUAUAUAAUAAAAAGCUAUGGUUUUGUAUGGCCUCUUGCAUUUGCCUCCCUGCUUUUAUUAUUUGCCUCCGUAUUGGUGCUGGUCUUCUUUAAGGAUGAGAUUGAAAUUACUAGGUCUGGAAUUAGAAAUAUUUUAACAAAUUUGAAAACAUUUUUCGGCGACAAAGAAAAUAUUCAUCGCUUUCCUAAGUGGGUGUAUGUCGUAUCCAUGGUAGGUUUGUUACUAUUCUUCGCGCCAAAUGACAACCGAGAGGAUAUAGAAACUUUGAUGGAGCUGAGAUCACCGUUUUGCUGGGACUCCCAAUAUGUCGGAUGGUUCCAAUCGGCCGAGUCAGCCAUCCAUAUGCUCGCUGGUCCUUUGCUCAUAAUGAUAUUACAGAGGUUUUUCAGCGACGAAACUAUUGCAGUUGCUGGUAUGGUGUCAGGUAUGGCAUUUUACUUGAUGUUUGCAGUUGCAGUCACCGACUGGAUGAUAUAUGCUGGUGCCUCAUCUGGAGUUUUAAUAUUGGCUGUACCGCCAUGUUUAAAAGCGUCGCUGUCGAAAAUGGUUCCUCCUGAUUUUCAAGGCUCCCUGUUUGCAGCAGUUUACUUGCUGAGCGUGAUUUCUACAAUGGCGGGUUCUACCAUUUUUAGCAACAUUUACGCUCAUACUCAGACCAGUAUGCAUGGAUUGACCUUCGUAGUCAUGGCAGGUUUCAACCUCGUGGCUCUCGUGUGUAUCGUAUCGGUAAUUGCCUUUAAGAAGAGCGACAGAGGCCUUCAAAUUACAACAGCCAUUAUAAACAUAAACGAAUCGGAAACGAAGAACUCUGCGUAGCCUACUUACAGUAUAUCUACACGUUGUCGAAUUUAUAUCAAAAGACAAUGACAUCUUACAUAAACAGAAAGAGACAUAUUAAGAUUUUGUAACAAAAAUUGCAUUUCUGUGAAAUCAGGUAAUGUGUCUUGUCCUUUUAACAUCAAAGGCACCGUGCCGCUAACCUUCGCUCAAUUUUCUUUUCAAAAGAAUAACUUUGGUCAGAUGAUUAACCGAUUUGUAAAGGUUUCAGGCGCUUAUACUUGACAUAAAUAUAAGUUAUUGAAAUGUGAAAAUCUUUCAGCGUUACAUGUUGUGUAAUAUAGUUUAUAUCCAUAUCCGGAGAUCGCACAAUUGUCGGAACGUUCACCAUUUGGCUCGUAAGGACUAAACAACUUCAUAUAUACGUCACUUCCGUCCGAAAAGGUCCAGUAACCUUCUGUGGCACGAUCGCUUGCAUCUGAGUAAUAUUCCCUAUCCAAAAGAUAUCCUCGCAACACCUCCAUCCUUUUCGUGGUAUUAACUUUUACAAGUACGGACCCUUAACCAACACAAAGACCUAACGCAUCGGUGUGUAUCUUAUUUUGCAAAAUUAUUUUAUACAUCAUUUGUGUGGCCUGGUCAUCGGUGAAUCCGUUCUUACAACAAACUAAAUAAGCCCCAGUCCA